CCGUCCCACCAAUAACAUGGGCUAAAUUACCAGCACCUAUUUGCUGCGUCCCCUGCCAGAGCCUGAACUCCCCUGUUUAUGGCCCUGACCUAAUAUCCCAUUCUCCCCCAGCCAUGGUCCCAAAUCCGGCACUUUGAAAACCCUCAUCCCGCUUUUCUCACGAGAUUGCGAGGUUUCACCCGUGGAUUGGAUGGGGACGACAAAGAGGAACACCUUUUCCUGAGUGGGAUUUAACAUCAACUGGGUGAAACCGGCCAAAUAAGAUUACACAAGCAAAAUCAAAGGACAUUCGGCUGAAGUACCACCAUGGCUCAGGCAACUAAAGGUCCCAUAAUGAAGUCCAUCCCUCCCACCGCUGUAGAUGACCCAGCUAGGGCAGCGCACCCAGACUUACUUACAGCCAGGAGCCAUGGAAUUUUACGAAUCAUGAAUCGCCCGGCACAAUGGGUGGUCGUCAUCACACUUCUGAUCUCUUGGUCAAUAGCAGGUGUUAUCGUGUUUGACUUUGUCAGUGACGAUCAGAUUGCAAGCAUCCAGGAUUUCGGAUCUGAUCCAGCGCUAGCAGUGAGCAAAGCCAUUGAAGGCAUUGAAAACAGGAUAAACCAUAUGAACGAUAAGUUCAACGAUGCUCAAGAGUACGUCACUGAAAUAAUAUCAAAUCCGGUGGAAGCUAUUAGUUCAGCGGCUGACUCAUCUGUGUCUUAUCUGUCAGGAAUGUUUAGUGCUGAUGGAGGAGAUUUAGGAAUCACUGAAACAGUGAAAUAUGGUGGCACUGUAUUGGAUGAGGCUACAGAUUGGAUCAGAUCCCCAGUGAGCUACUUAUUCGACUUAUUUAAAGACACCCUGAAUAUAGUGUUUAUUCCAGUGGAUAUGGUCAGUGAAGCUGUUGUGCAAAUUUUAAGUGGGGGCAAGACUGUUAUACAAUAUAUUUCAACCAUGUUUGAAGGCAUUGGAGGGGAUGCAGACAUCACUGAAACAGUGAAACUUGGUGGCACUGUAUUGGAUGAGGUUACUGACUGGAUUAGAUUCCCAGUGGCCUACUUAUUCCACUUAUUUGAAGACAUCCUAGAUGUAGUAAUCAUUUAUCCAGCGGACAUUGCCAGUGAGGCAUUUCUGCAACUUUUAAGUGGGCUCAAGCCUAUUUCUUCAACCAUACUCAGGAACCUUGAAGCUUGGUUUCCCAAAAUGAGCACUGGUCCUGCAGAGCUGGCUGAAACUGUUGUAGAGGAGGCCGCAGAUGUAAAGACCACCAUUUCUAAUUACCUGUCCAAUCUGUUUCCAGGGGAUGAAGGUGGUAUUUCUGACAUUAGCUUUGAUCCCAUGAAAGUUGUCACAGACACUGUUGAGGAGUUUGCUGACAGGAGGGACAUGUUCUUGGCUUAUCUCUCAAACAUGCUCAUGGAAGACAAAGAUGACACACCGCAAGUCAUACGACGAAAAGGAGAAUUUCUGCCCCCUAUGGAAAAAGUUGCAGAAAUACUAGGCAAAACACAGGACCCUGCCUAUGCUGCCUACAUUUCCGUGAGAUCCACAGCGAAGGAGGAAGACACCAUUAAACAGGAAAUAAAAGAGGCUGAGGAGGAACGUGGUGAGGUGGAACCUGCUGAAGACACAACUGAAAAAGCUCAAGAUAUUGUAGACAUUACAAAGGAGGAAGGGAGGGUUGAAAGGGCUGAGGACAGCUCUGAUGUCACAGCUGAAGAUGAUGAGGUUGCCUCCGAUGUCGUUGAGGAGGAUAAAACUGCUGGAACAGUUGAAGAUAUUGCAGAUGUUGUUACAGCGGAUGAAGAAGUUACUGAAACGGCUGAAGAUAUUAUGGAUGUUACAGAGGAAGAAACUUCUGAUAUGCCAGAAGUAACAGAUGAGGGAAUAGCAACUGAACAGUUUGAAGAUAUCUCAGAUUUUGCAGAGGAUGAAUCAACUGUAACAACCUCUGAUGUGACAGAAGACAUUGAUGAUGUUACAGAGGAGGAAGUAGUAACUGAAACAGAUAUGCCAGAUGUUACAGAGGAGGAAACAUCUGAUAUUCCAGAAGUAACAGAUGAGGAAAUAGCAUCUGAAAAGUUUGAAGAUAACGCUGAUUUUAAAGAGGACGAAUCAGCUGAAAUUAUCUCUGAUGUGACAGAAGACAUUGAUGCUGUUACAGAGGAGGAAGUAGUUAUUGAAACGGAUGAAGAUAUUCUAGAUGUUACAGAGGAGGAAACAUCUGAUAUUCCAGAAGUAAUCGAUGAGGAAACUACAACUGAAAUGUUUGAAGAUAUCUCAGAUAUUGCAGACGAUGAAUCAACUGAAAUGACAUCUGAUGCUACAGAUGUAAAAGACGUUGACGAUACCUCAGAUGUUGUUACAGAGCAGAAAGAAGUUACUGAAACGAUUGAAGAUGCAGAUGUAACAGAGGAGGAAACAUCUGACAUGCCAGAAGUCUUAGAUGAGGAAAUAGCAACUGAAAUGUUUGAAGAUAUCUCUGAUUUUGAAGAGUAUGAAACAAAUGAAGUUACCUCUGAUAUGACAGAAGACAUUGAUGAUGUUGUUAUAGAGGAGAAAGUAGUUACUGAAACAGCUGAAGAUGUACCAGAUGUCACAGAGGAGGAAACAUCUGAUAUCCCAGAAGUAACAGAUGAAGAAAUAGCAACUGAAAAGUUUGAAGAUAUCUCUGAUUUUGCAGAGGAUGAAACAACUGAAGUUACCUCUGACAUGGCAGAUGACAUUGAUGCUGUUACAGAAGAGGAAGUUGUUACUGAAACAGGUGAGAAUAUUCUAGAUGUUACAGAGGAAGAAACUUCUGAUAUUCCAGAAGUAAUAGAUGAGGAAAUAGCAAUUGAAAAGUUUGAAGAUAUCUCUGAUUUUAAAGAGUGUGAAACAACUGAAAUUACCUCUGAUGUGACAGAAGACAUUGAAGAUGUUGUUACAGAAGAGGAAGUUGUUACUGAAACAGCUGAAGAUAUUCCAGAUAUUAUGGAAGAGGGAGCAUCUGAUAUUCCAAAAGUAAUAGAUGAGGAAAUAGCAAUUGAACGUUUUGAAGAUAUCUCUCAUUUUAAAGAGUAUGAAACAACUGAAAUGACCUCUGAUGUGGCAGAAGACACUGAUGAUGAUAUUACAGAGGAGGAAGUAGUUACUGAAACAGGUGAAGAUAUACCAGAUGUUACAGAGGAAACAGCUGAUAUUCCAGAAAUAUUAGAUGAGGAAAUAGCAACUGAAAUGUUUGAAAGUAUCUCUGAUUUUGCAGAGGACGAAUUAACUGAAAUUGCCUCUGAUAUGACAGAAGACAUUGAUACUGUUGCAGAGGAGGAAGUAGUUACUGAAACAGCUGAAGAUAUACCAGAUGUUACAGAGGAGGAAAUAUUUGAUAUUCCAGAAAUAAUAGAUGAGGAAAUAGCGACUAAAAAGUUUGAAAGUAUCUCUGAUUUUGCAGAGGAUGAAUCAGCUGAAAUUUUCUCUGAUGUGACAGAAGACAUUGAUGAUGUUUUUACAGAGCAGGAAGUAGUUACUGAAACAGCUGGAGAUAUUCCAGAUGUUACAGAGGAGGAAACAUUUGAUAUUCCAGAAAUAAUAGAUGAGGAAAUAGCAACUGAAAAGUUUGAAGAUAUCCCUGAUUUUGCAGAGGAUGAAUCAGCUAAUAUUAUCUCUGAUGUGACAGAAGACAUUGAUGAUGUUGUUACAGAGGAGGAAGUAGUUACUGAAAUAGCUGGAGAUAUUCCAGAUGUUACAGAGGAAAAAACAUCCGAUAUUCCAGAAAUAAUAGAUGAGGAAAUAGCGACUGAAAAGUUUGAAGAUAUCUCUGAUUUUAAAAAGUACGAAACAACUGAAAUGACCUUUGACGUGACAGAAGACAUUGAUGAUGUUGUUACAGGAGAGGAAGUAGUUAGUGAAACAGCUGGAGAUAUUCCUGAUGUUACAGGGGAGGAAAGAGCCGAUAUUCCAGAAAUAUUAGAUGAGGAAAUAGCAUCUGAAAAGUCUGAAGAUAUCUCUGAUUUUGCAGAGGACGAAUCAACUGAAAUUACCUCUGAUGUGACAGAAGACAUUGAUGAUGUUGUUACAGAGGAGGAAGUUGUUACUGAAACAGCUGGAGAUAUUCCAGAUGUUACAGAGGAGGAAACAUUUGAUAUUCCAGAAAUAAUAGAUGAGGAAAUAGCAACUGGAAAGAUUGAAGGUAUCUCUGAUUUUGCAGAGGACGAAUUAGCUGAAAUUACCUCUGAUGUGACUGAAGACAUUGAUGCUUUUACAGAGGAGGAAGUAGUUACUGAAACAGCUGGAGAUAUACCAGAUGUUACAGAGGAGAAAACAUUCGAUAUUCCGGAAAUAAUAGAUGAGGAAAUAGCAACUGGAAAGAUUGAAGGUAUCUCUGAUUUUGCAGAGGACGAAUUAGCUGAAAUUAUCUCUGAUGUGACUGAAGACAUUGAUGCUUUUACAGAGGAGGAAGUAGUUACUGAAACAGCUGGAGAUAUUCCAGAUGUUACAGAGGAGGAAACAUUCGAUAUUCCUGAAAUAAUAGAUGAGGAAAUUGCAAGUGAAAUGGCUGAAGAUAUUUCUGAUUUUGCAGAGGUUGAGUCAACUAUGAUGACCUCUGAUGUGACACAAGACAUAGAUGAUGCCUCAGAUGUUGUUACAGAGAAGGAAGAAGUUACUGAAAUUUUGGAUGUUACAGAGGAGGAACCAUCUGAUAUGCCAGAAGUCAUAGAUGAGAAAAUAGCACCUGAAAAGUUUGAAGAUAUCUCUCAUUUUGCAGAGGACGAAUCAGCUAAAAUUACCUCUGAUGUGACAGAAGAUAUUGAUGAUAUCUCAGGUGUUGUUACAGAGGAGGAAACAGUUAAAGAUAUUGCAGAUGUAACAGAGGUGGAAACAUCUGAUAUGCCUGAUGACACAGAUGAGGGAAAGACAUCUGCAAAAUCAGAGAUCUCUUUAAACAUUUCAGAAGACAUAUUAACUGAAAUUACUUCUGACAUUGAUGAUACCUCAGAUGAAGAUGCCUCUGCAUUUAUAGAGGAGAAAGAAACAACUGAAACAAUUGAAGAAGUAGCAGCUGAAAAAGCAGAAGAUACUUUCAGUAUUACAGCCAAAAUUGAAUUAGAUAAUACAGAUGAAAAUGAAUUUCAAGAUGAAGAACCUGAAACAGUUAAAGAUGCUUCUGAUCUCAUAGGUGAGGAUGAAGAACCUAAAACAGAUGAAGAUGCCAUCACUGUCGAAGAUAAAAUGGCUGAAGAGCCACCUGAAUUGGCUGAAGCUACUCGAGAUAUCAUCUGUGUUAAGGAAAAGACUGAAGCAACAGAACUUGACAAUCUUGAAGUCCUGGAGGAGAAGGAAGAUGUGCCAAUUAUUGAUGCUGACAAGGGCACAAAGAACCUGGAGAAUGUGGUAGAUGAAGAUUUAAAGGAGGAAACUAAAAAUCAAACUAUCUUGGGAACCACUGCUGGUGAAGAUGACCAUUAUGAUGAAGAGGAGCUUGUCCUUCCUCCUGUCCAGCAUAACCUCACAGACAGAGAUGAUGAAAAUAACAAUAACAAUGACAGGAAGAAAGAUGCCAUAAAAAGAGGCCUGAGCGGGAGAAAAACAUCAAAGAGUCAUUCCACUGAAACAGACGACCAAGACGCGCACAAGGAUCUUCAUGAAGAGUCUGACAAAGUUCUUGAACAAGUGAAAGAAGCCAAAGAGAAAAAAGCUAGAGAGGAGAUAUACAAAAUCAUUCAAGAUAUGAGGGAAAAGAAGGCUGACGGUGAAGAGGAAGAGAUAACGCUACAACAAAUAAACAUAACAGUAGAAAAAGUCAAGAAAAAAAAAGAACAUGAGAAAAAGGAGAUCGAAAAGGCUAAAAGAAAAGAAAAAUCCAAAGAAGACAAGGCUCCAAGACCUGAGAAAAAGGUUAAACCAGCAAAGAAAGAUGUUGAAAUGGCCAAGGACAAAACCAAAGCAGUCCCUGUAAAGAAAGGAGCUAAAGUGGCCAAAAAAGAGCCCAAACCAACACCAUCUAAGAAAGAGCCUGAAGUUACAAAAGAAAAGGCCAAACCAGCACGUUCAAAGAAAGCUGAAGUUAGCAAAGAAAAGGCAAAACCAGCUCCAAAAGAAAAAGUUGCUGAGGUUGUCAAGGAAAAAGCUAAGCCAGUAAAAAAAGAACCUGAGGUUACUAAAGAAAAGGUCCAGCCUGCACCUUCAAAGAAAGCUGAAGUACCUAAGGAAAAAGCUAAACCUGUAAAGAAGGAAGCUGUCAAAAAAGUAAAACCUGCUCCCGUAAAGAAAGAGCCUGAGGUUCCCAAAGAAAAGGCCAAACCGAAGCCCUCAAAGAAAGUGGCUGAAGAGAAAGAAAAACCUGUCUCUGUGAAGAAAGGAGAAGCCCCCAAAGAGAAAGAGAAAGCUGCUCCAGUAAAGAAAGAGGCUAAAGCUCUCAAGGACAAACCGGCCCUUUUGAAGAAAGAGCCUGAAGUUUCUAAGGAGAAAGAAAAACCACCAACUGCCAAGAAAGAAGACAAGCCAACAACUGCUCCUGUUAAAAAAGAGCCUGCAGUUGCAGAAGACAAAGUCAAACCAGUACCUUCAAAGAAAGAUACUGAAGCUCCAAAGGAGAAAGUGAAACCAGCCCCAGUUAAGAAAGAACCUGAGGUUUCCAAAGAAAAAGCCAAGCCAGAACCUUCAAAGAAAGAGGCUGAAGCUGUUGAAAAGAAGGCAAAACCAGCACCAGCUAAAAAAGAGCCUGAAAUUAUUAAAGAGAAGGAGAAACCUCCAAAGAAAGAAGCUGUAAAAGAAAAGCCCCAACCUGCUUCUGUAAAGAAAGAACCUGAAGUGCCAAAAGAGAAAGCAAAACCUGAACCUACCAAAAAAGAAGCAGAAGUUGCCAAGGACAAACUUAAACCUGUCGCUGUGGAGAAAGAACCUGCUGUUGCAGUUGAAAAGGCAAAACCAAAACCUGCACCAAAGAAAGAACCUGAGGUUACCAAAGAGAAAGCUAAACCAGAACCUGCAAAGAAAGAACCUGAGAUAACCAAAGAAAAACCCAAGCCACCAAAGAAAGAGGCUAUUAAGGAGGAAGCUAAACCAGCUCCUGUAAAGAAAGAGGCUGAAGUCAUCAAAGAUGUUAAACCAGCCCCUGAAAAGAAAGAGGUCAUUAAGGAGAAAGUUAAACCAGCUCCUGUAAAGAAAGAGCCCGAGGUGGCUAAAGAAAAGGCACCUGAACCAAAACCCAAAAAAGAGCCUGAAGUUAUCAAAGAGAAACCAGCACCUCCAAAGAAAGUUGAGGUUCCAAAAGAAAAGGCAAAACCAGUCCCUGAAAAGAAAGCACCUGAAAUAACCAAAGAAAAGCCAAAGCCAGCACCAAAGAAAGAGGCUGAAGUCAUCAAAGAGAAAGCAAAACCAGCCCCUGAGAAGAAAGAGGCUGAAGUCAUUAAGGAGAAAACUAACCCAGCCCCUGAGAAGAUAGAGGCUGAAGUCAUCAAGGAGAAAGUAGCUCCUGUAAAGAAAGAGCCUGAAGUUGCUAAAGAAAAGGCACCUGAACCCAAACCUAAACCCACAGAAAAAGUUGAGGUUCCAAAGGAGAAGGAAAAACCAAUCCCUGAAAAGAAAGCAGCACCUGAAAUAACCAAAGAAAAACCAAAGCAUGUACCAAAGAAGGAGGCUGAAGUCAUCAAAGAGAAAGUUAAACCAGCUCCUGAGAAGAAAGAGCCUGAAGUCAUUAAGGAAAAAGUUAAACCAGCCCCUGAGAAAAAAGAGGCUGAAGUCAAGGAGAAAGCAAAACCAGCUCCUGUAAAGAAAGAAGCUGAAUUUAUCAAAGAAAAAGCCAAACCAGCCCCUGAGAAGAAAGAGGCUGAAAUCAUCAAGGAGAAAGUUAAACCAGCUCCUGCAAAAAAAGAAGCUGAAGUAAUCAAAGAAAAGGCUACAGCAGCCCCUGAGAAAAAAGAGGCUGAAGCCAUUAAGGAGAAAGCUAAAGCAGCUCCUGUAAAGAAAGAGGCUGAAGUCAUCAAAGAGAAAGCUAAACCAGCGCCUGAGAAAAAAGAGGCUGUAGUCGUUAAGGAGAAAGCUAAACCAGUCCCUGAGAAGAAAGAGGCCGAAAUCAUCAAGGAGAAAGUUAAACCAGCUCCUGUAAAGAAAGAGCCUGAAGUUACUAAAGAGAAAGCUAAACCAGCCACUGAGAAGAAAGAGACUGAAGUCAUCAAGGAGAAAAUUAAACCAGCUUCUGAAAAGAAAGAGCCUGUAGUUUCUAAAGAAAAGGCACCUGAACCCAAAAAGAAAGAGGCUGAAGUUAUCAAAGAGAAAGCUAAACCAGCCCCUGAAAAGAAAGAGGCUGAAGUCAUCAAGGAGAAAGCUAAAGCUAAACCAGCUCCUGUAAAGAAAGAGGCCGAAGUCAUCAAGGAGAAAGCUAAACCAGCUCCUGUAAAGAAAGAGGCAGAAGUCAUCAAGGAGAAAGCUAAACCAGCUCCUUUAAAGAAAGAGCCUGAAGUUGCUAAAGAAAAGGCUCCUGAACUGAAACCCAAAAAAGAACCUGAAGUUGUCAAAGAAAAAGCUAAACCAGCCCUUAAGUUAAAAGAAGCUGACGUCAUCAAGGAAAAAGCUAAACCAGCCCCUGAGAAGAAAGAGGCUGAAGUCAUCAAGGAGAAAGCUAAACCAGCUCCUGUAAAGAAAGAGCCUGAAGCUGCUAAAGAAAAGGCUCCAGAACUCAAACACAAAGAGGCUGAAGUCAUCAAAGAGAAAGCUAAACCUGCCCCUAAGAAGAAAGAGGCUGAAAUCAUUGAGGAAAAGGUUAAACCAGCUCCUACAAAGAAGGAGCCAGAGGUUCCUAAAGAAAAGGCACUUGAACCAACACCAGAACCUGCAAAGAGAGUUGAAGUUCCAAAGGAAAAGGCAAAAUUAGUCCCUAAAGAAAAAGCACCCGAGAUAACUAAAGAAAAACCAAAGCCAGCACCAAAGAAAGAGGCUGAAGUCAAGGAGAAAGCUAAACCAGCUCCUGAAAAGAAAGAGGCUGAAGUCAUCAAGGAGAAAGUUAAACCAGCUCCUGUAAAGAAAGAGCCUGAGGUUCCUAAAGAAAAGGCUCCAGAACCAAAACCCAAAAGAGUACCUAAAGUCAUCAAAGAGAAAGUAAAACCAGCCCCUGAGAAGAAAGAGGCUGAAGUCAAAGAGAAAGCUAAACUAGCCCCUGAAAAGAAGGAGGCUGAAGUCAUCAAGGAGAAAGUUAAACCAGCUCCUGUAAAGAAAGAGCCUGAAGUUCCUAAAGAAAAGGCUCCUGAACCAAAACCCAAAAAAGAAGCUGAAGUCAUCAAGGAGAAAGUAAAACCAGCCCCUGAGAAGAAAGAGGCUGAACUCAAGGAAAAAGUUAAACCAGCUCCUGUAAAGAAAGAAGCUGAAGUUAUCAAAAAGAAAGUUGCACCAGCUCCUGUUAAGAAAGAGCCUGAAGUUGCUAAAGAAAAGGCUCCGGCACCUAAAAUAGAAGUUAUCAAAGAGAAACCUAAACCAGCCCCUGCAAAGAAAGAGGCUGAUGUCAUCAAGGAGAAAGUUAAACCAGCUGCUGUAAAGAAAGAGCCUGAAGUUCCUAAAGAAAAGGCACCUGAACCAAAACCCAAAAAAGAAGUCAUCAAAGAGAAACCUAAACCAGCCCCUGCAAAGAAAGAGGCUGAAGUCAUCAAGGAGAAACCUAAACCAGCUCCUGAGAAAAAAGAAGCUGAAGUCAUCAAGGAGAAAGUUAAACCGGCUCCUGUAAAGAAAGAGCCUGAAGUUGCUAAAGAAAAGGCACCUGAACCGGCACCAAAAAUAGCACCUCAGAUCAUCAAAGAAAAGCCAAAGCCAGCACCAAAGAAAGAGCCUGAAGUCAUCAAAGAGAAAGUUAAACCAGCUCCUGAGAAGAAAGAAGCUGAAGUCAUUAAGGAGAAACCUAAACCAGCUCCUGAGAAGAAAGAAGCUGAAGUCAUCAAAAAGAAAGUUACACCAGCUCCUGUAAAGAAAGAGCCUGAAGUUGCUAAAGAAAAGGCUCCAGCACCUAAAAUAGCACCUGAGAUAAUCAAAGAAAAGCCAAAGCCAGCACCAAAGAAAGAGGCUGAAGUCAUCAAGGAGAAAGCUAAGCCAGCUCCCGAGAAAAAAGAGGCUGAAGUCAAGGAGAAAGUUAAACCAACUCCUGUGAAGAAAGAGCCUGAAGUUCAUAAAGAAAAGACACCUGAACCUGCAAAGAAACCAGAACCUACAAAGAAAGUUGAGGUCCCAAAGGAAAAGGCAAAACCAGUUCUUAAAGAAAAGGAACCUGAAAUAACCAAAGAAAAGCCAAAGCCAGCACCAAAGAAAGAAGCUGUAGUCAUAAAAGAAGUUAAACCAGCCCCUGUGAAGAAAGAGGCGAUAAUUGUCAAAGAGAAAGCUAAACCAGCUCCUGUGAAGAAAGAGGCUGAAGUCAUCAAGGAGAAAGCUAAACCAGUCCCUGAGAAGAAAGUGGCUGAAGUCAUUAAGGAGAAAGUUAAGCCAGCUCCUGUAAAGAAAGAUGAUGUUGGUCUUCUUGGUUUGGACUUGGAGCUCCUGAACUCUAUCAACCAAAAACUGUCUCUUCUGGACUUACUGAGGAAGGAUAUUGGUGAAAUGAAGAGUGAUCUGGAGUCCACUCAAAAUCAAAUCACACUUUUACGGAUGGACAACAGAACGAUCAAAGAGCCAGAGACUGUUGGUGUAAAAGUAAAAGCAGCCAGAAAAGACCGUGAUGCUCUGAUGAACGUUACUAGGACAGCACGUAUUAAAGCAGAACGUGAUGCACUGAAAAACAUCACUAAAGCAGCACCUGCAAAGAAAGAAAAAGAGGCUCCAAACGCUAAGAUCAGACCAGAGCUCAAAAAGAAAGAAAUCACCCACGAGACGGUUAAAGAAGUAAAGAAACCUUUACAGAAAGAACCUGAGCUGGUCAAAGAAAAAGUAGUCGAGCCAACUGAGAAGGAAGCUGUUGUGGACAAGGAAAUAAAAGAACCUGAUGUCACCAAAGAUAUUCCAGAGAUAGAGGAGGAGGACGUUCCCUACUUCCAGUGUUUCUUUGUGGAUGAAGAUGAUACUCAGUAUCCGUUCUUCCCCUUUUCACCACCACUGUGGUGAGUCCAGUCAAACCUCGGAGUCUGAUGUUAAUCAACGUGGCAAAGCCAAUGAAGAUGGACCUCUAAACCUAAGAAACCUGCUGCUCUGAUGCAGCGGAGAGGUUCACAGUAGGUCCUAAAGCAUUACACCAACAAUGACCAAGAAAUGAGAAAGAUUUAAGUCACUACCUGGAUUUCAAAACUGGAAAACUUCCUUCUCAAAAUGUUUAAAGGACAGAGGUUGCAAGUGUUGCACUAUUUAUUAUGUCAUCUUAAGGCUAUCCGUCUUGUAAUCGGUAUUGUGGAUUUGCCUUUUGUUUCAGAAUGAUUAAUAUCUGUUUCUGUCUUAUAUACAUGUCCAAGAAGGAAUGUGAGUAUGGUUUAUCCAGACAGCACUGACAGGAAGUAACGAAAGAACUAACUUCCUUUCAGGAAUGUUCAGGAACGUAAGAUUUGAUAUAUACAUGGAACAUGACCUCAUUUUGAUGGGGUGCUAAUUCAAAGCAUUCCACUGUGUUUUCUGUCAGAAUGGGGUUUGUUCACUGAUCACACAACUGGAAAGGAGGAUAUAAUAGAUCAGGAAAUAAGUAAACAACUAUUUCAUGCAUCUUUUCUUAUUAAUACUGUUUACUAAACUGUUUACAGAAGUAACAACUGCACUGAAAAGUAAGGGCUUUGCACAGUAAGCACAGUUCCUCUGAAUGUAUACAUCUUUUUAUUUUAUUUUUUAUUUUAUUUCUUUUUAUAUAUAUAUAGAAAUCUAUACUUCCCAGAGGAACCAAAUAUGUUUGUUCAGUGCUCUAUGUAAAUAAACACACUGGAUUUUUCAUAACAAAAUGAAACUGUAUUGUGGUGCUAAAUCCAGGAAAAUGCAUUAAACAUCAAGGCAACUACAUUAUUUUAAUACACUACAUUGCAAACACUACUGUUUUAACAUUUCUCCGCAUAACAUGAAUAGUUUAUGUAAGAUAUGACUGUAAAAAUAUGGAGGUGUUUUUGCAAUAUUACAUGGAUAGACCUACCUAAUAUAGAAGAGUCAGUUAAAUGGCAUUCUGAAUUGUGUUACAAAAAUUGUUCAAUUGCACAUUAUACUCAUACAGAACCUUUUUUAGUAUGGGAUAAAAUAAUGUGCCAAAUGAAAUGUUUUGCAUGCAACCACAGUGUUUCUCAGCACUGCCCCUGGUGGCUUCCUAGCUCAUUACUCCAUUACAUGAUUUAAUGAUGUUAGUGAGUGUUUAAUGGUGUGUACUAGUAAAACACACCAUUAAACUCC